CUCGUCCUCGACUCCACCAACCCUAGCGCCGUCGCCGACUCACCCCCUCAUUGCCGCCCCGCCCAGCGCCACCGCCCCAUCCCCUCCAUCACCCAGUCGACCUCCUGCAACCCCUGCCUCGACCCAGCACCGCCGCCUCUGAAUCCCAUACUCACGCUGCCAACAAAUCCCCAUCGACAGCUCCCCACACCCGCACCUCCGACGCACGCCGCCGCCCAUCCGCAUCCAUGUCCUACCCGCAUCCCCGCCCAGAGCCGCCACCGCAACCGGUGGCCAGAUCCACCACGGUGCUUCCAGAUCCGCAGUGGCCAAGCAAUGGAGCUCAUCCACAAGUUCGUGCUACUGCUGCAGAAGAACUCAGCAUGCCCUUCAAGUUCGUCCAGAUCCACAGUGCCAAGAGGGACCUGACGGAGGAGGAAGAGGAGAAGGACCACCGGGAGGUCUUCAUGGCUCAGCUCCUUGCCCACAACCGGCGCUGCUCCAACCCUAGUAUAUGGGACAAGGUCUGCCCCCUCUUGAUUUUCUCUCCUUUCCUACCUUCCUUUCCUUCGAGUGGAUUCUCUGGCGGAUGGGUUGGUCGCAGGAUGACCCCUAGAUGGACCUGACCUGUUUGCCAAGCUCAAGAGGAGAAGGAGCCCUGCCCACUCAAUGGCGCGCUUCAUCAACAUCAUGACCAAGCCAGCCCUAAAGCAAAAGAGUGUUAUGAUUUUCAACAGUGAACUAGAGCGCCAAAGGAAGCUUGUGAAAACUUUGAAGAAGAAAUCCUUGUGGUCCAGACCUUUGGAGGAUACUGUAGAAAAGCUUGUCGAUAUCGUCUUUUUUCUGGAUAUACAAAUCCGGGAUGCAUUCGGUGAAGCUGUUCCUGUAGGUACCGACUUCAUGGAGCAAGGUCAGAACAAAAGGCUAGGUUCAUGUGGUCUGCCACUACAUUAUGCUAACAUCAUCAAUCAAACUGAAAAUAUAGCAAGUAAAUUUGACGACUCACAUGAUGUUUAUCAUGCCUGCUUAAUGCCCGAAUUUCCUUAAUGUAGUCAAUUUCCAUAUGGCCUCUUAUAUAUGUAGGUAACUGUUCAGUUUUGUUGAUGAACCAUGCAUUUAUUUAUUUCCCUGUUAUUUUGUCUGAAUAGCAAUCAUAGCUUGCCAUUCUAUAGAAACGCUCUCUCUCAAUGCCGAUUUAGUUCUAGGACUGAAGUAGCAAGCACCGACACUCUGGGAGCUAGCAAGAUAUGUUUCUCCUCUCCACAUUCUGAAGAUUUAUUAUUUUUCUGAGUCAAGCAUGUGUUUGAAAGUAGGAACCUACAAGUUUCCUAUUUUCUCCAGAGUAACUAGUACUUUUUUUGGUUUCCCCAGUAGAUUAAAAAUGUGCCUAUUUUCAAACACAUGCUUAACUCCUUUUAUUCUGAGUCAACAAGCAACCCUGUUUCUUAAACAAUUCUGCAGCUACUACUUAAACUUUGCACACAGUUGGACAAACAUCAUGGAUUAAUAAGAGGGAUCACACAACUAUAUGUUCAGCAAACCAACAUUCUUUUAUUUUGAGCAACCUAUAUUCAUUUCAGGAAAUGAUUUAUGUGCCUGCAAAUUCUUCUUCUUUUUGUUGAAUCAACACUUUUUUCUAAAACCAAGCAGCAGAUUUAAUCAGAGGGCUGUUCAGUUGGUAUACAUUCUCAUAAUUAUUGAUUCUCACUGUCUAGCACUAGUACACACUUAUAUAGAUCAAACAUGUACAAAAAAGUAGAACGGAGGACACCCUGCGUUGCCACUAGAUUGCUAGUAAUUAAUCCUUACCUACAGUUUUUGGAUGUUGUAUUAACUUGAUAGCAAUCAAGAGAAAUCAAUACACCAAAAGAAGAUGACUACUGGUAAAUAUUUAUAGUGAUAGGUUAUAUUGAUCUUUCUGAUGAUCCAUACAUAGUGCGUAAUCUGUUCUUAUGAGUACAUACACACAAUCUAUUUGUGCCUUGUGAAAUGCAAAGUACAAGGCGACACACAUGUGUCUUUUUCAUUUGGAUUAGCCAAUUUUCUUUUUCAGCCAUGCAACUUCUAUGUUUGGAACAUGUGUUCUACUGAGCUGAUCUAUUUGGCUAUUUCCUUCUUUUUACAGGUCACCAGUAUAAUGCCUUUGCAUCCACAAGUUUGUAGAGGUGUGUUUGUUGAGCUAAAAGGAUCUUCUGCUGGGAUAUUUUUCUACCUAAAAGCAGAUCUUAUAUUUUGCGCUUUUGUCUAUGAUGUAAUACUGGCAUAUGAACGUACAUAUGUAUGCAUGUAGACCUGAUGGAUGGUUGUGCUUUUGGCUUGUCCUGUUUCUGGACUUGUAUGCCUAUGUGUGCAUGUAGGCAUCCAUGAUGGAUCUUUCUGCUCUUGGAUGUCCUGCACUUGUGAACCUAUGUAUGGAUGAUAGAUUGAUUACAUAUAAAUGCACACAUUUUCUAUUA